AGGACGGCGCCGACUGACGGGACGGGACGGACAGCGUUCUUCGACAAUCAGGCGCCGUCUGCAUUCUGCUCCGAAUUGACACUCAUUGGCACCACAGUGCGAAGCGCGUGAGGCUUCAUAGUGUUGGUUCACUGUGGGUCCCGUCCUGGAUCCGCUUCUUAACGUCCGUGUGUUGUUUCAGUGAUUUGGGAGCAGAAUCAGUCAAAGGCCGGCAGUGUUUGCAUAACGAGAACCUUGUUACGUAACCCUGACAAACGUCAAGGAGGCUGCUGAUAAGACUGAGUUUGCUGUGGCUAACAAGAAUUUCGGUCGAGGAUGUCCUCUAUCAGUGUCGCUAUCCUAACAGUUAGUGAUACUUGUGCAGGUGGACAAGCCAUUGACAAAAGCGGUCCCAACUUGGAGCAUUUGGUUGAAAAUGGAUCUCUCAUUCCGAACGCUAAAGUUAUCGACCUUGCGUGUGUUCCAGACGACGUUUCACACAUACGUAAAAAGCUGGACGCUUGGUGUACUAUUGGAAUUAACGUAAUCCUUACAACUGGUGGUACUGGGUUUUCUCCCAGAGAUGUAACACCUGAAGCCACUCGUGAAGUUUUGGACAAAGAGACCCCAGGAAUUACAAUGGCUAUGAUGAAAUAUAGCCUUGAAGUUGCUUUUCCACAUGCUAUGCUAUCAAGAGCAAUUAGUGGCAUUCGUGACAGAACUCUGAUAAUUAACCUGCCUGGAAGUUUGAAAGGUGCUGCAGAAUGCCUCAGUGCCGUAAGCCCAUGUAUUCCUCAUGCUGUAGCUCUCCUCUGUGACAACUCAAAGGAUGUGGGAACUGUGCACAAAUUGAUUCAAGCUUCAGAGCCUAAAGUUAAAACUUUGGACUCCAAACCCGAACAUACUCACAACCACCACCACCACCAUCACCACCACCACAGUCACAGUCAUUGCAACCAUGGGGACAAACAUCUCGAGAGCAAGGUGGAUGUUCAUAAAGUUGCUGAACGGUCAAGACAUUCACCCUACCCCAUGAUGGAGGUCCCAGUGGCUCAGUCAAAAGUCUUAGCUGCAGCCAACAUUCUGGGUACAGAAUCAAUGUAUUUCAGAGAUGCAAUUGGCCGUGUAUUGGCAGAGGAUGUUUUUGCCAAUGAUCCUCUUCCUCCUUUCCCUGCAUCGAUUAAGGAUGGUUAUGCUGUCAUAGCUGCUGAUGGGGCUGGCAAAAGGAAAGUGUUGGGCUCAUCUGCUGCUGGUCAAGUGCCUGGUGGAGUCUCUUUGCAGAGAGGCCAAUGUGUUCGCAUCACAACUGGAGCUGCCGUCCCAGCAGGAGCAGACAGUGUUGUCCAGGUUGAAGAUACACAUUUAGUGCAUGCUUCUGCAGACAAUACUGAGGAACUGGAAAUCAAUAUUAUGAAAAUUCCAAAAGUUGGAGAGGAUAUCAGGCCUCUAGGCAGUGAUAUUCAGGCGGGUCAGUUGGUUUUGGCUUCAGGAAGUACCUUGGGGCCUGCAGAACUUGGAUUACUGGCCACAGUUGGUGUCACAUCUAUACAGGUUUAUAGAUGUCCAAAAGUGGCUGUGUUGUCAACCGGAAAUGAACUUCAAGACCCCAAAGAAGGAGAGCCCCUGAAAGCGGGCCAUAUCAGAGAUUCAAACAAGACCACUCUCCUCGCUUUACUUCAAGAGCAUGGAUUUUCUGCAAUUGACAUGGGCAUUGCCCCUGACGAGCCACAGGCUCUACUGGAUGCAUUGCAAAAAAGCCUAAGCUGUGCAGAUGUUGUUGUCACUACAGGUGGAGUCUCCAUGGGAGAAAGGGAUUUACUGAAAAGUAUUCUUACCACUGAUCUUAAUGCAUCAUUACAUUUUGGACGUAUCAACAUGAAACCAGGGAAACCAACUACAUUUGCUACUUGUAAUUUUAUGGAUGAGAAACGCUUGGUAUUUGGGUUGCCUGGCAAUCCAGUAUCAGCAACUGUUACUUGUCAUCUUUUUGUCUUGCCUGCUCUGCGCAAAAUGUGUGGAUAUUCUAAUCCAAUGCCACCUACACUAAAGGCUACAAUUACAGAAGAUUUGCAUUUAGACACACGUCCAGAAUAUCACAGGGCUGUCUUAAACUGGCUUCCUGGUGAGGGCAUUCCCUCUGUGAAAAGCACUGGCAAUCAACUAAGCAGCCGCCUCCUCAGCUGCUACAGUUCCAAUUGCUUCAUAGUUCUGCCGGCCUCAGAAAAGUGCUUUAAGCUACCAAGUGGAUCAAUGGUAGAUGCCGUCUUGCUUAAAAUGCUGUAGUUUUGGAAAUAUAGAUUUGCUUCCUACCUACUUCUAUAUGAAACAUGAUAGUUGGAUUCGACCAAAACCACUGAAACAAUUUAAUUGUAUGAAUGUUUAUAAUUUGAUGUGCCCUUACAUCCCCGUUGUGAAGUAUGAAUAAAAAUAAGUAGUAACUGUU